AUGAACGGCGUCCGUUCGUUCCGUGCAAUCGUUUCGCCAUCGAUCCUUUCAUAUCCCAUCUCCGAGGCGCGCUCGAUCGAUAGUUUGUUACGACACAAGCGAUUGGUCAAUAGUAAUAAACGGCUCGAGAGUGUCGCCCUUCUAGCCGCUCCUCUCACCGACCUCGGACUCAUCUGCGCUUCAUUCGUUCAACUCUUGUUUAGUGUUAGAGUUACCGCUCACUAUUCAAAACUGAACUGCGAGGUUUUGUUCGACGAGCUCGCGUUUGAAGUCCGCUGGGCCAUCGCCGGCAGCAGCGUCGUGUUACAACUAGUCGCUAAACUUGAGGACGGUGAAUACAUGUCGUUCGGUUUGUCCGGUGAUCCGGAGCAUUCAGUGAUGAUAGGAGGUGACGUGGCGGUCGCCUGGGUCGAUAAGGAGACGCUGAAAGGAUACGCCGAGGAUUACUACCUGGAGGGAAAGAGCCAGUGUGCGGGAGGAAGAGGCUCGUGUCCCGACAACAGCAUUAGAGAGAGUACGAGUUCCAUUCGUCUGUUAAAUGCUGCUCUAGUAAAUGGCUACUCCAUAGUGACGUACCAGCGACCUCUGAAGGCGUCCGAUGAACUGGACCUGCCGGUGAACACAAACAACAGCCAACCUAUCAUAUGGGCCAUAGGACCGCUCAACUCUAAAACACAAGUCUCCUAUCACCAACACUUUACUAAGGGGGAUAGAUUAAUUGAAUUUGGAAGACCUCCCCUUUGGAACUGCCCCAUGCCUGAAGGUGAAGAAGACAUGAGACACCCUGUAGGAGGCUCGAUGGGGCCCAGGGAAGAAGUACAUAAGGUAGUGAUCAGACCCAACCCAGUGCCGACCCCAAGACCCACUUCUAAAGUAAUUCCGUGGGACAUACCGGGCAUCCAGUGCUAUGAACCACCAGAUGGUGUAUUUUACGCUCAGAUGGGACCGACUGGAGGCAAGCAAGGAUACUCAGCUAUUACUGGCCACGUUGGUUGGGGAAUAUCAUGGUACAUCAACGGCUUACUGAUUCCCGAAAUAACUGUUGUUCGAGGAAAGAAAUACACUUUCGUAGUAGAGGGAGGUAACAACCCAGAUAUACCGGCGAGAUAUCAUCCCUUCUACAUCACCAACGAUCCUGUCGGUGGAUAUUACCACAAAACACCUGAAGAGAAACAGGGUAUUGAAAUAUACGCCGGCACAAGACGGGCUCGUAACGGCGAACUACAACCGACUGGGACGGGUCGCCUCUGUAACUGGACACCAGACAAUAAUGGACCAGAAGCUGAUGAGUAUCCAAGUUUUGGUGCCUACCAACGGUCAUUGACCUUGGUCUGUGAGGAAGGAAACCCUGGCGUGGUGACGUGGGUUCCAGAUGAAAACACUCCAGACACUGUCUAUUAUCAGUGCUUCACACACCGAUAUCUCGGGUGGAAAAUUAAUGUUGUAGAUGAUUGUGACGAGACGGAUGUGGCGGAGAGUCGAGUCGUUGAGAGUGUAAUGUUGCCGAGCGAUCUGAUGGAGGUAGAAUCAAUACAGCAAUAA